AGCAAGUCAUUCCAAGGCUAGUCGAUAGUGGGGCUUUCCAUCAUCCCUCAUUUCUUCUUCAACUCAUCCAGCCAUGGCCGCUAGAAUCGCAGACGAGAUCGCAAAAGAGCGUGUGAAUCAAUUUGUUAACUUUCUGGAUAGCGACCAUGGUGUAAAUGAGUACAAGAAUGAGAUCCGCAGCAUGCUCGAAACAGGCACGAAGCGUCUGGUUGUUAGCUUGGACCGUCUCAGAGACCACAGCAUCGAGGAAACCACAAAGUUGAUGAACUCACCUAUGGAAUAUAUCCCGGCAUUUACGCAAGCAUUAAUGGAGAUCGCAGAGACUAUUAAACCCGAUAUUAGUGGUGACAGAGUUUUGUACAUUGGAAUCAAAGGUAGUUUCGGAGACCACCAUGUCAACCCUCGUACAUUGCGUGCCAAACAUCUUGGAAAGCUUGUUUGUCUGGAGGGUAUCGUUACCCGCUGUGGAUUGGUCAGACCCAAGGUCGUUCACAGUGUUCAUUAUUGUCCCAAAACAGAAAACUUUCACGAGAAGAAAUACAUUGAUGGGACCAUGAUGACAAACGAAUUGCCUACUGGAGCUUCUUAUUUGCAGCAGGAUGAUGAUGGCAAUCCCUUGGAAACAGAAUUUGGCAUGUCUACCUAUCGUGACCACCAGAGUAUCUCGAUUCAGGAAAUGCCCGAGCGCGCACCUGCUGGUCAAUUGCCUCGUAGCAUUGAUGUACUGUUGGAUGAUGAUCUGGUGGACAAGGUGAAACCCGGAGAUAGAGUCCAAGUUGUGGGUGUUUACAGGACUCUGGGAAGCAGAGACGCAAAGUCGACAUCCUCUACUUUCAAAACUGUAAUCCUCGCCAACUAUAUCACAACGUUUGCUGGAAAGGCUGGCAAUGGAAUCGUCCAACCAAUUAUCACCGACACCGAUAUUCAGAAUAUCAAAAUGAUUGCAAAGAAGAAGAAGGCAUUUGAUAUCUUGUCCAAUUCUCUUGCACCUUCGAUCUAUGGGCACGAAUAUAUCAAAAAGGCCGUAUUUUUAAUGUUGCUUGGAGGCAUGGAGAAGAACUUGACUAAUGGCACCCAUAUUAGAGGAGAUAUCAAUAUCCUCAUGGUUGGCGAUCCUUCUACUGCAAAGUCACAAAUCCUUCGAUUUGUUCUCAACACUGCUCCUCUGGCUAUUGCCACGACUGGACGUGGAUCAUCAGGCGUUGGUUUGACUGCAGCGGUGACCACAGACAAAGAGACUGGAGAGCGUAAACUGGAGGCUGGAGCCAUGGUCUUGGCAGAUAGGGGUAUUGUCUGCAUUGAUGAGUUUGACAAGAUGUCAGACAUUGACAGAGUGGCUAUUCACGAAGUCAUGGAGCAACAAACUGUCACGAUUGCCAAGGCUGGAAUCCAUACUUCACUGAAUGCCCGCUGCAGUGUCAUCGCUGCAGCCAAUCCGAUCUACGGACAAUAUGAUGAGGCCAUUCCAGCCCAUCGUAACAUCGCUCUGCCUGACUCGUUGUUGUCACGUUUCGACUUGUUGUUUGUAGUCACGGACAAGCCCAAUGAAGUUCGCGACAGGCAAAUCUCGGAGCACAUUCUGCGAAUGCAUCGCUAUGUCCCCGCUGGUGUUGAGGAAGGUGCCCCUAUUCCCGAUAUUAGCUCUCAGAAUUUGGACGUUGGUGGUGAUGAUGAGAAUGCUGCGAAGGAUGCGCCCGUCUAUGAAAAGUAUAACGAGCUGAUCCAUGGAGGGAUCCAGAGUAAGAGCUCACAAAAGAAUAUCUUAUCGAUGCCCUUCCUUAAAAAGUACAUCCAAUAUGCCAAAUCAAGGAUUAAGCCUGCACUUACACAGGCAGCCGCUGACAAAAUCUCGAACGCCUAUACCGAAAUCCGCAACAAGGCGGAUGAGGACAAUCAAAAGGUCGCCCCUGCUACCGCCCGUACAUUAGAGACGCUUAUUCGUAUUGCAACAGCACAUGCUAAGGCGCGUUUGUCAAACUUUGUGCAGGAUAAGGACGCAGUGGCCGCCAUUGACAUUCUUAGGUUCUCAUUAUUCAAGGAGGCGCCCAAGAAGAAGUCUCGUAGCAAGCGAGUUCGACUUGAUAGACCUUUUGGCGAAUCUGACAGCGAUGAGAGCGACGAUGAUGAUCAACAACCACAGCCAGGAUCAUCGCAGAGAAGAUCACAAGGCAGGGCAAGUCAAAACUCCAAGGGCAAAACAUCUGUUCAUGGCUCUGCUUCCUUGGUGCAGGAUAUGCAGAUGAUGGACAUUGAUGGUGAUUAUGAAAUUGAAGAGGAAUUGCAGACGACGCGUAGGUUGUCUCGUCGUUCUCAAGGAUCUUCCAGUACGCCUGCACAAAGCUCCUCUAUUGGAUCUGGAUCUGGUGCAGGACAAUAUGUGCCAGGAGGUCCAAUCCAUCCUAGCAGACAGGAGUUGUUCCAAGCAAGAACAAAUAGGCUGAUCAUGAGUAGCUUGGAUGACAGUCAUGAGUUUGAGACACUGUUAGCAGCAGUCAACGGUGGACUUGAGAUUGACGAGUUAUUUGGUCCAGCAGAGGCAAAAGCCAUCCUGAACAAGAUGAACGACGAUAACAAGCUGAUGUUUAGCGAGGGUGUCAUCUAUAAGAUUUAA